AUGGCACAACAAACAGUGAUCCCUCAACAUGUAACCGCCCUCCUCUCCCAUCUCACCUCGCGCCCCGGCGUCCAAUCGACUUUCAUCCUCUCCCGCAAAGACGGUUCGAUAAUCCAGAGUACCGGGUUACUAGCGGCGGAUUUGGAAAGGAGGAAUAGUCAGAAUACGGCGUUACCCCCACAGGUGAUAUCACCUUUGAAUGAGACCGCGCCUACGUCUACUGCUACUCCGACGUCGCCCUCCGCCGAGCAGCAGCGAUCGGAAGAACAAGAACAACCAGAGGGACAGAGUCAGAAGCAGGCGCAACCAGAGGGACGCGGAGAAGAGCAAGGACAACAAGAGCAGCAGGCACACGAGCAAAAACAACCAUACAAACCAACCCACGCCGAAGCACUGGCAGCGCAUAUCUUUGCUUUUGUAUCUAGCGCAUCAGACCUGAGCAUGUCGCUUUCUCACCCGCCGGAGGAUCAUGACUCGAAACCGAGCCGUAACGGAUUGAAUCACGAAGCCUUGACCAACGGGAUCGCCUCGCCUCGCGAAGAAGGCGACGAAGGACAGGAAAAGGAGGAAGACGAUGAGGUGAAGCUGCUCCGGCUGCGGACGAAAAAGCAUGAGAUCGUGGUCGUGCCAGAUAGGAAGUAUCUGUUGUGUGUGGUGCAUGAUGCGGCGCAUAUGGCUGGGGGGAGAGCUACAUGA